AAAAAACAGUGUAAAUAAAAAGCUUUGUUUAUUUUAAUUCUCCGAAAAGUAUAAUUUAAAAAACAUGAAUAAAUAAUCAAUAAUUAAAAAAAGUAAAGUUAUGCAAAGGUAUUUUCGGAUAGUUUACGCCAACUACUACCACUUUGGUUUGCGCCCACUGCGCAACGUUUACCAACACGGCAAAAAUAUGUAAACAAAAAUCUAUACAUAGUGCGGAAAGAAGGCAUCUAUUGACCCCAAAUACGACGACAACGACGACAUUAGCGCCACCCUCUCCCUACAAACUGUAGUUUUUGUGUCAAGCAAACACACAGAUACGCAUACAAAUGCAGAGCAAUUGACGCCCCCCUCGAACGUAGACCAACAAAACAGCAACGUUCCGAUUCGUCAUCGAUUUAAGGCAAAAAGCCAAACAAUGGAGUGGAGGUGCAAUGAAAAUUAACGAAACUCUUUCAAUUGAAAGUGUACAAAAAUAGUCAAUAAAUUGUUUUCGUAACUGCAAGAAAAUGCGCAUUUCGUAAGCAAUAGCGCAAACAAGGCAAAAUAAACAAAUAACAACUUAAAAAGAAUUUCGUUUUACAAUUGUGGACCUAAGACAACCUUGAGGGCAGCUACAUACACAAAAACACACGCACACUUACAGAUCAAUUGCAGCAGCAGCAGCGGAACAAUGGAUGAUAAUCUAAGCACCAAAUCAUCGGAGUCUUCGAUAACAACCAGUGGGGAAUAUGAAAUUGUCACCGACAGCAAUGUGGCCACACCAUUGGAGCAAGUGGCGCCCUCUACAGUCGCCGUCACUGAUGCAGUUGCUGUAGACGAAAAGGUAACUGAAUCGUUAACUGCACUUUCCCUAUCGCCAGUGGGAGGCGCUGGCGGCGAUCGUUCGCCUACCUUGGAUAUGGCAAACAAUCGCAACCUGAGCGAUAUGAAGCACGAAAUGACAGAUGCACUGCGAGACUUGGAGUUGGAGCGCAAUGGCCUGGCAGCAACAGCAGCGACAACGGCAGCAGCAACCAUCGCUGUCGCCGAUAAGACGCGUCACCAACAGCAACCGAGAUCACAACCACAGCAGCAGCAACAACAACUACAACAAAAACAACAGCAGCAGCAACAGAAAUCAUUGACUUUGCCAUUAGCUGGGAGAAAAACACAAGCGGAAGCAACCGCAGGCGACAACGACAUGCGCUUUAAAUGUAAUUUAUUCUCACCGAAAGCUUGUGAUGAAUCCGAGGACGCGUCGAACUCGGAGCACAAUCGUGUGGGUCAGUCGGUGUUCUACGAUUGCAUCGAUGCUAGUCCAGCUUGUAUUGAGGAGAAACAAGACGCCAUGAAGCCCGAGAAGUGCGACACUACCGACGAGGAAGUUUCAGAGAUUGAUCAGGGCUGCACCAUCUUUGCUGGCGUCACCUAUUUGGGCGCUGCAAACAUCAAUGCGCCCAAAUCGGAAACAGAUGUCUAUCGCAUCAUGAGCGAACUCAAUAGCGGCUCCAAGUCGGUGGGACUUAAGAUUACGGUCAGCAUACCCAACUGCUCUGAUGGUCUUGUAGUCCUACACGAUGCCGAAAGCAAUACCAUUAUCGCUACCUAUGAGAUCUCGAGCAUUAUAUUGUAUUAUCGCGGACCCGUCGAUACCGCUGAGAAUGGAUGCUUCGCCUUCACAUGGCUGCAUGGAGAUGCGCUGUUUCAGUGCCAUGUAUUCCGUUGCCACAUUCCGGAAGCGGUGAAUCAAGUGAGCGCCUGCUUCCAGAAGGCAUUCCAGACAUAUGCGCCCAGCAUGAGCUGCAGCCUCACUUCGGCUGUCGAUAUGGUCAACUCCGUGACGUCGGAUGUCAGUGGAAAUCCCCUGAAUACCGCUGGCUAUGAGUUCAUUGUCUCACUGGAGAUACGCGAAAAAGUAGCGAAGAAUUCGUAUGCAGCUGUACCGCGUGAUCGUGGCUGCUUCAAACUGCGCGCAAAUACAGACAAAGAAGUGUGCAUCACUGUCAAGCAGACAGCCUCGAAUGUGCUCCAACCACUUUAUAUUGAACGCUGCUUUGGCGUGCUCGUUGCCCCAGGUAAGCUGGUGGUGCAGAAGGAUAUGCACCUCAUUGAUAUGCUAAACAUGGGCUAUGUAACGACACCAAGCGGUGGCAACGAGCCGGAUAAUGUGAGUGCCUGCCUGAAUGCAUACGCCAUACGCGCUGAAUGGAAAGCACAGGAGAAGGCCUUUGAGCAGUUGAAUCUGGAAACGUCCAAAACCAAUCUGACGGUGGCCGUUGACAUUGUUAUGCGCGGCAUUCAGGAGCCGGUGCGCUUUGUCAUCGAAACCCCGGUUACGAUUCAAUCAGCCAGCGAUAUGCGUAUUAUGGAUCAUUUUAUGUCCAAGCGUCCGAUGACAUUGCGCUUCUACUUGCAUCUUAAGCGCACCGAUGAGCUCAACUGGAAGGUGAACAGCAUUGAUCCAUCCGAAGAGAUCAUCGAACAGGCAAGCGGUCAACAUGGAAGCUCGUCGCUGCUGAAAUUGGGCAUGAAUAAUUUAUCGCGCAUUGUGCGCAGCUCGUCCAUAGCCUCCAUUGAGGAUGAUUGCCCCACAGACUACAGCAGCGAUGGCGACGAACCGCUGCUCAGCGGCACCGGUGAAGUGUCCAAGGAUUGUUCGCAAGAUACGCUCGAUGAAUGGGAUCCCAUUUUACGCGAAUGGGACAGCGAGAAGCGGCCCAAGAAUCUGGCGCCAUUGGUGCGCCUGGGUGUGCCUGAAGCAUUGCGCGAGAAGAUCUGGCAAAAGUUGGCCAAUGUGGAGGGCAAGGUGGAAAUGAAUGACAUGUACAAGAUUCUCAUCACCAAAGAAACCAAAUGCGAGACAGUCAUACAGCGCGAUAUUCAUCGCACGUUUCCGGCGCACAAAUGUUUUAAAGAGAGCGGCGGCUCUGGUCAGGAUGCCCUGUUCAAGGUGUCCAAAGCGUAUGCCGUCCAUGACAGCGAGGUUGGCUAUUGCCAGGGCCUCAGUUUCAUAGCAGCCAGCUUGCUGUUACAUAUGCCCGAGGAGGAUGCUUUCUGCGUGCUGGUCUCGUUGAUGUAUGAUUACGGACUGCGUGAUUUGUACAAGGCUGGCUUCGAGGUUCUCUAUCUGCGCCUCUAUCAACUGGAACGCCUCAUCAAGGAUCAGCUCCCCAAGUUGCAUGAACAUUUCACGGCAUGUGGCAUUGAGACGCACAUGUACGCCUCCCAGUGGUUCCUAACGCUCUACACGGCUCGUUUUCCGCUCUGCUUUGUAUUCCACGUACUGGACGUAUUCCUGCUCGACGGUUUGCCUGUACUAUUCCAGGUGGCUGUGACAUUGCUGUCCAUUUGUGAGGCGGACUUGCGUCAACUGGAUUUCGAAGGCAUACUCAAGUAUUUCAGGGUGACACUGCCCAAAAAGUGUCGCAGCUCAAGUCAAGCACGCAAAGUCAUGAAGCAAGCGUGUGAGCGUAAAAUUAAGAAACUCAAGCAGUACGAAGAAGAGUUUCUGCUCAAGAAACAGCACAAAGAGCGUCUGGAGAAGGAGGCCCAAAUCUAUGAGAGUCGCUUUGGCGAAGAGCGACGUAAAUUGCAGUCCGAGAUUGAUUCACUCACACAACAACUGACGGCGGCAAAUGAGCGUGCCGUGGAGAAGGAAAUGAAGCACACAAGUAUCAAACAGGAAUAUAAACAAAUCAUACAGCGACAGGAGCAGGACAUGAACACGCUCAACGAGACGCUGGGCAAGGUGAUGCACACGGUUUCGAAAUGCGCGCACUGCUUGCAACAGAUUGACGUGGGCAACGACAAUGCAAAGCAGCACCCGGCAGCAGCUGCCAAUCGUCUGUCGCAGCCACUAGGCACUGCUAAUGAGGCGCCACUUGGUCCCCUAGAUCCACUCAAUGCAGCAGCUCAACGCAUACGCGAACUGGAGCUGGAACUGGCCCAGGCCAAGCUGGCGCAAGUGGAAGCCGAGUGCAAGAAUCAAGAUCUGAAUCAUCAGCUGAACAAUACCAUGAGUGAGCUGCAAACUAAUCGCAAUAGCUGGCAGCCCUGGCUCUCGAAGACCUUCAAUUCGCUGCAGGAAAAGGUCACCACACGGGCAGCUGGCUCACAGCGUGGUGAUCACACAGGCGCCACAUUCCAAUCCUACAUGGGACAGCCGCCGGCGACGAUGAGUGAGGCGAGUUCGCCCAGCGCCAAUCAGGAGUACAAAACCUUUGCAUUUGCUUCGGUUGGUGGCUCGCCGAAAUUACCAACAAAAUUCCAGGCCACCAAAUUGCGCAACAGCAUCGACAGUCUGCGCAACAUUGUUGUGCCGCUGGAGCAGGUCGCAGCGCGUCGAGAAACUUAGAGAGGAAUCGCUUAGCGAAUCGCAUGAGCAACAUAUAGUCGUACUAUGUAGGCCAGAUCUGGCUAGCAGGCAGUCCUACGCCUUUGGUAUUAUAUAUCGUAUUCGU